AUGAAACGUCAACGAUUGGAUGGUCGUGUAAAUGAUGGUGAUGGCUAUAUUCCAUAUGUGGAAAAGCUUUACAGGAAAACACACGAAAAUUAUAAAGAAGCUGGAGGGUUUAUGGAUGAUGACGACGAAUACGCCAGUGUGCGGGAGCGUAUAGCGGAAGCACGUCAAAAACGUAUAGACGAAGCAGCAGCUAAUUCAAGUUCCAUAGUACCACCAGAUAACUGUAUCAACUGUAAAAAUCCGUUGUGUAAUUCAUAUUUAUGGGAAAAGUUUAAUUAUCCUGUUUGUAACACAUGCAGAAACGAUAAAGGUGAUCACAAAUUGAUUUCGCGAACAGAGGCCAAAAAUCAAUAUCUAUUAAAAGAUUGUGAUCUUGAUUUGCGCAAACCAAUCUUGAGGUUUAUUUCGAAAAAGAAUCCGCAUAAUCCUCGUUAUGGCGAUAUGAAGCUAUAUCUUAAAGCACAAUUGGAGCAGCGUUGUUUGGAAGUGUAUGGAUCAAAAGAGGAAUUUGAAAAGGCGAGGGAUGCACGUGUCACACAAAAGGAAACACGAUUGGAAAAGCGCUUCGAGAAAAAAAUCAAAGAAAUGAGGCAGCAAGUACAUGGGUCGAAAAAUUUUAAAUCUGACUAUGGCAAAUCUCAUGAUCAUGUUUACAGUGAUGAAUCAUAUGAUUCGAUAAAGGAUGAAUAUUGGAAAAUAUGCAAAAUAUGUAAAUAUAAAUUGACGUACGAGAAGAUGUAA